AUGUAUAUAUAUAUACCCCUCACGACCGCAAGAUGCCAUACAAAGUUUCCCCGACGGCCUAAAGACAACAGGCCAACACCCCCUCUCUACGACCAUCUCCAGCCCUUCGAACGCUUCCCCAAGGAAAUCACAGGCCCUACGGUCUGGACAGCAGCCGAGUACCGCGAUCACCCCGAGAAAUGGACGCACCGGUUUACCCCAGAGGAAUUGGACGAGCUGAGUCGCGCAGGGGAUGAGUUUAUCAACAACAAGAUUCCCUUGACGGGGAUUUCAAAGAAAAACUUCCCGCUCCCAAACCUAAGCACCCACCUGCACUCCCUCCGCAACGACCUCCUCAACGGCCGGGGCUUCAUCCUCUUCAAGGGUCUCCCCGUCACCCAGUGGGGAAACCACAAAUCCGCCGUCGUGUACAUGGGUCUCGGGACGUACCUGGGCUACUUCGUCAGCCAGAACAGCCGCGGCCAUGUCCUCGGCCACGUCAAGGAUCUAGGCGAGGAUCCAACGCAGAUCGACAAGGUACGCAUCUAUCGUACCAAUGCUAGACAAUUCUUCCACGCCGACGACGCGGAUAUCGUCGGCCUCCUGUGUAUCGCGCGCGCCCUCGAAGGCGGCGAAUCGGACAUCGUCUCCUCACAUACCGUGUAUAACAUCCUGGCGAGGGAGCGGCCCGACGUGCUCAAGACGCUAACGCAGCCGAUCUGGUAUUUUGAUCGCAAGGGCGAGACCUCCAAGGGUCAGGAGGAGUAUAUUCGGACGAGUGUGGUGUAUCUUGAGCGCGGAGACAACCCGCGCGUGUAUACCAAGUGGGAUCCAUACUACGUCCGCUCGCUGACCCGCUUCUCCGACGCGGGAAUCAUCCCCCGCUCCAUCCAGGUGCUCGAGGACACCUGCCUCCAAAACGCGCUGCAUAUGGUUCUGGAGGUCGGCGAUAUUCAGUUCCUGGCUAACUCGCAUGUGCUGCAUGCGCGGACGGCGUACAGGGACCAUGCGCCGCCGGCGCCGAGGCGGCAUCUGAUGCGGUUGUGGUUGGCGACGCCGGAGGAUGAGGGCGGUUGGAGGUUGCCGUUUUGGGAUAGUAAUGAGAAGAAGCGAGGGGGGAUUCAGGUGGAUGAUCAGCCGCCGGUGGCGCCGUUGGAUGCGGAGUAG